UGAAAAAUUCAGACUGACGUUUUCAUCACAUCAGAAAAUGUUAUAAUUAACAGUAAAUCCCUAAAAUCGUUUCCAUGUAAUGAAAUCAAUGAAAUAUUGUAAACAUAAUUUUCAGUAUUGUCAAAAUGUCAAAGUCGAAUUAAAAAAAAAUUUAAUUGAAUUAUAAUUUCGGGUAAAUUUUAAAAAUGGCCCAAAGACUGAAGAAGGCGGCUUCUUUAACAACCGAAGAAAAAACUACUCGCCGAGCGAGAGCCCUUCUAAGAUUUCGGGCAGUGGUGAGAUUAGUCAUCGCCAAUAUGUAUUGGUUGGGAGACUCCGAUGAGUCUAAAAUAGGGGACAAUGUCUUAAAAAAUAUUCAGAUUCUCACGAGGAAGAAAGUGAGGAAGAGCUCUUUAACAAUAGGAGAGAAAUCAAUAUUGUGUAAACCGAAAGAAGAUAGAACCGAAGAGGAAAAACAACUUCUAAGCAAAGUUAUUGGUGGGAUGAAAUGCUUCAGAAGGUACCCACCGAACGUGAAGAGCCAACUGGCAGCAGUGACUUAUUUCGUCUACUAUGGCCCAGGUAGGCAAAUCGUUAAACAGGAUCAUGCUCCUUCAGCAAUGUACUUCAUGCUGUCUGGAGAAGCUAGCGUUACUGUACGCCAUUACGACAAAUUCCUGAAGGAGUGGAUUGAAGAAGACUCGGGUACAUUAGGACCAGGUACAAUGUUUGGGGAGGUAGCUCUAAUUCAUGGCAUAGUAAGAUUGGCCACAAUUACAACCCUUACGCCUUGUGAACUGCUAAUGAUAAAAAAGGAAGAUUUCGAUACUGUACUGAAAGAAACAGUUCUGAAAGCUUGGAUUGAGAUUCAAAAAAUCAUGAACCGAUUUUCCUACUUCAAAAACUGGGACUCGGUGACGAAAAGAGAAUGCAGUAUCAUGUCACGAGUCAAAUCUUUUGCAGUUGAUGAAACCCUUUUGGGAGAUGAUGCUGGUUUACCAUCGUACGUUUAUUUCAUAACAAAAGGAACGUGUUGCAUUAUUGAGCACCUGAUGGUAUGGGUAUGCAAAGAAAAAGGCAUAGAAAAAUAUCAUCUUCACCAUUCACGGCAUGAAGAGGAAACUCGUGAAGAAGAGGAUAAAGUUAGCCAGAUUUUCCAAAAAUAUCUUCAGGAUUAUACAGGAAGUGUAUAUGCUGAAAGUCCAGGCUUUGGGAUCCUGGAUUUAGAAGGUCUCGUUGAAAGCGCACAUGAUUUGCCGGUAACAGAACCAACUCAACAUAAAAUUGCCGCAGAAAGUGUUGUUCCUUCGAACUGCCGAUCAGAAAUUCAUUUUAUUAAAAUUUGCGAACUAACGGAAGGGGCCUGUUUCAACAUUGGAGAAGAUUUCGUUAGGAGACGUGUUGUGGCAAUAACUCCAACAAACUGUCUAUUAGUUCCGCGUUACUGGAUAAUGAAAAACAACAUAGACAAUAUAUGGAACAGAGUUCAACAAUUCUUGAACAAAAACAUACCGACAACGAAACAAAUAUAUAACACCUUUAUACAAAAGCAGAAAUUCAAAAGAUAUAGAAAAAGACUCAUUAAAGAUUUACUAGCCGAAAAACGAGUGGCAAACAGUAAUUCUAUACACAAUGUUCCUUACAGCAUUCGUUUGAAAGACGGAUUUGAUGUGAACUAUUCAUAAACAUUCAUUAUAUCUUACAUCAAUUUUGAA